AAAACAUAACACAUAUUAACUAUAUGUCGCAAAAAUAAUUCUGUGCAUCCAAUCAAACACCACAAGAGUAUAGCCACAAGUGUUGUCGUGUGUAAUGAUUAUGCGAUCCCUUAAUUGAAUUGCAAACAAAGCGCUGAUUUGUUGCCUCAAAAAAGUGGUGCAAAAAAAUCAAAACAAAAAAAACUUGUCUUUUGUUUUGGCGUUGAAUUGAACGCAAGGAUUGAGUCAUCGAUUGAGUGAACGAUAAGAGAAAGAGACUGAAAGAGAAGGAUCUUAAGGAUUGGAUGCUGUGAUCGGAUCCACUCUUUUUGCAUCACAUGUUUGUAACACUUUUGCAUUUAUACCAAAUAAUCGUUGAGAUAAUGGAUCCAAGAGCUGAAGACAUGAGCAACAGUAUUGACGAAGACAAUACUAAUGGUAACGUCGAGGGCGGCGGCGAUGGCCAAGAGAUGUCCGCUUCAGAGCCCAUACUAAUGGUUAGAAACGGCGAUUCAGUGGACGCCAGGAGUAUAUUUGACGUUUUCAAAGCAAGACCUGGUUGUCAGCCGUUGGCUCGUCUCUCAACGCCUGUCGAGAGUCUCACAUAUCAUAUGAAACACAAAAAGCGCGGAAAAUGUCUGAUAUUUAAUAACCGUACGUUUGAUUCGCACACUCGACUCAAUGAGAGACGAGGCACUGAAUGCGACGGCCGGGCGCUCUACGGCUCCUUCAGGUCACUUGACUUUGACGUUAGGAUAUAUGAAGACCCGUCCGCUAAAACCAUUACUUCCACAUUAGAAGCAGUGUCAAAAGAAGAUCACAGCGAAAGCGAUUGUAUUGUGGUUUGCAUUCUAACACAUGGAGAGCAGGGAAUCCUAUGGGCCAAAGACGAGAAGUACUACACCGAUAAUGUGUUCAGUUAUUUCAAAGGCGAUCAGUGCCCCACUCUGGCCGCCAAACCCAAGAUAUUCUUCAUUCAGGCCUGUCAGGGCGACCGUCUCGAUGCAGGAGUCGCUGUUCGCAGAUCAUUAGAUGUGACCGAUUCUGGACAUGAUUUCUAUCGGAUCCCAAAUUAUGCGGAUUUCUUGAUCGCCUACAGCACUGUCCCGGGAUUUUAUUCGUGGCGAAACACGACUCAGGGCUCGUGGUUUAUACAGGCGUUGACCCAAGUGUUGGGCAAACAUUCAGCAAAUCUGGAUUUGCUAACAAUGAUGACAAUCGUGAGCCGAUUAGUGGCCUAUGAUUUCGAGUCCUGCGUUCCCGGAGACCCCACUUUCCACCAGAAGAAACAGAUCCCGUGCGUCACAUCAAUGCUCACGCGUUUGAUUUACUUUAUACCAAAAGCUUAAUCAAUAAUCAAUUUAUGAUUUAUACUAAAUUUAGUUGAUUUAUAUUUAACUUAUAUUUUUCACAGUAUUAUAUAUUUUCCAUAAACUUUUUAUAUAUACUCUUAAACAGAGAAACGUUGACUUAAAUUAAGACAAUUCUAACGAAG